CUUCCUAUCAUCUGCUUGAGAGAGUCCGCCGUGUGAGGACCAGGAUGAAGAUGAGUCUUAGUUGCCGCUUAGUGACUCUGCUGGUGGAGCUCAGCUGGAUCCAGGUGUGCCUGCAGAGAGAAACAGGAAGUAAGGUGAUGAAAGUGAAGGUGUGAUGUUACAGGUGAUGAAGGUGUGAUGUUACAGGUGAUGAAGGUGAAGGUGUGAUGUUACAGGUGACGCAGGAGUGGGAGAAGAGAGUGCGAUGGUCGUGCAGCCUAGAUGAACUCCUCAGACUGACAGACUUCCCUGACUGGAAGUUGUGGAAAUGUCGGAUGAGACUCCAGCACGCAGAGACACUUUUCUCUACGCCAUCUGUAGCGUCUCAUCGAUCCACUCGAUAUGCUGCCGAGUCCUACAGCCUGGAGAUACUCAAAGCCAUUGAUGAGGAGUGGCAGAAGACCCAGUGUUUGCCCAGAGAGACAUGUGUGGACGUGGCCAAGGAGCUGGGCACUGACCCUUCUGUCUUCUUCAAGCCUCCAUGUGUGUCCGUACACAGAUGCGGGGGUUGCUGCAAUCAAGAAGGCGUCACGUGCAGAAACACGAGCACGCUGGCCGUCAAUAAAACCGUGCUCAGCAUCGUCCCCUUCAAGUUCCUGCCCGAGCCGCUGCUGAUCAGGGUGGCCAACCACACCGACUGCAGGUGCCUGCAGCCCGCCGUCAUACGGCGCCACGCCCGGCCCCACGGGAGCGGCGGCUGUUCCCUGAUUGGACGGCCGUCAGAGGCGGAAGGUUCCAGAAGACUUUGCGUCAGCGGGUGGAUUUGGGAUUGUGCGAGCGACAGGUGUAUACCUUACCCAUCCAGUCGGCCAGAGCUUCCGCUGACUUCCUGGAUGCCCGACUGUGAGAUCGACGUGGAUCGCUGCGACUGCGUUCCGCUUCCUGAGCCGACCGCCCAAAUAAGGGCGCACCGCUGCCACCUCAACUCUUCUGUCUGCGCUCACAGGCGUCAACAUUUUGAUGCUGCGUCUUGCAGGUGCAGGUGGCCCAAGCAGCAUCACACUGGCGAGUGAACGGAGAGCAGCUGAGCACCGCAGACGGCAGGCUCAUAAUUUAUUCACACUUCUAUUUAUGCUAAUGAAAGAACUAAUUAGGACAAUCUUAACUAUUAAUCACAUAUUUGGAUCAAUGUUCUUUGCAAGCUGUCGAUUAUAAAAAGAUUAUUUUUAUAGUUUGACUUACAAACCCUGUUUCCAUAUGAGU